AUGGAAAAUGCCAAUGAAAUUACAUCUUCUUUGAGUUUUCCUUCAUCUUCUUAUUUAUCAAAUGGGUCUAGUAGCCACCACGUAGCAGCCCCAUAUGUUCCUGAGCCUGGUGUAAACCUAGAGAACUUGAGCUUAAGCAAGCUUAGUGGUAAUCUUGAAAGGUUAUUACUUGAUGGGGAAUAUGAUUACAGCGAUGCAGAAAUUGUUGUUGAGGGUAUCCCUGUAGGUGUCCAUCGGUGUAUAUUAGCUGCUCGUAGUCAGUUCUUUCAUGAGCUUUUUAAGAAGGGAAAUGAUAAUUCGACAAGUGGAGAUAAACCCAGGUACCUCAUGUCUGAUUUGGUGCCUUAUGGUGGGGUUGGAUAUGAAGCUUUUAAUGUUUUCUUACAUUAUUUGUACACCGGAAAGCUUAAGCCAUCUCCGCCAGAAGUGUCACAGUGUGUUGAGGAUGUUUGUGCCCACGAUGCUUGCCGCCCUGCUAUUAAUUAUGCAGUGGAAUUGAUGUAUGCCUCUGCCACUUUUCAGAUGAAAGAGCUUGUUUUGCUUUUCCAGCGGCGUCUCAUGAACUUUAUUGGCAAGGCUCUUGUUGAAGAUGUAAUCCCAAUUCUCAUGGUUGCCUUCCACUGCCAGUUGGACCAGCUCCUCUCUCACUGCAUCGAAGAAAUUGUAACUUCAGAUCUUGAUAUUGUAUGCAUCGAGAAAGAGCUCCCCUAUGAUGUUUCAUGUAAAAUCAAAUUACUUCGCAAAAAUUCUCUGCAAGAAGCUGGAAGUAGUGUUGAAGAGGCAGACCCCAUGCAUGAAAAGAGAAUGAGAAGAAUCCACAAGGCUUUGGAUUCAGACGAUGUCGAACUGGUGAAGCUUCUCUUGAGUGAAUCUAAUUUCACUUUGGAUGAUGCUUAUGCUCUCCAUUACGCUGUUUCCUACUGUGAUCCUAAGGUUGUCAAAGAAGUUCUUGGUUUAGGCUUGGCUGAUCUCAAUCUUAAGAACUCCAGAGGAUAUCCAGUACUUCAUGUGGCUGCAAGGCGCAAGGAGCCAUCGAUCCUUGUGGCACUACUAACUAAGGGUGCCUGUGCAUUAGAAACUACAGUGGAUGGACAAAAUGCAGUUGCAAUCUGCCGUAGGUUGACUAGGCCAAAGGAUUAUAAUGAAAACACCAAGCAAGGUCAGGAAUCUAACAAAGACAGGAUAUGCAUUGAUGUCUUGGAGAGAGAGAUGCGAAGGACUUCAAUGUCUGCAAACACAUCAAUAUCAUCGCCAGUGACAGCUGAUGAUUUGAACAUGAAGCUGGACUACCUGGAAAAUAGAGUGGCGUUUGCACGAUUGUUGUUUCCUGCUGAGGCCAGGCUAGCUAUGGACAUUGCAAAUGCAGUUUCAACCUCAAUGUACACUGGCCUUUCAGCGUCAAAAUCAAAAGGCUCAAGUGGGAACUUGAGAGAGGUUGAUUUGAAUGAGACACCCUCUGUUCAAACCAAAAGACUCCAGUCAAGACUACAAGAACUGCAUAAAACAGUGGAGAUGGGACGGCGCUAUUUCCCUCAUUGCUCAGAAGUGCUUGAUAAGUUUUUGGAUGAUGAUAUGCCCGAUGCUCUCUUUCUGGAUAAGGGUACUCCAGAAGAGCAGAAAACCAAGAAGAUGCGCUUCAUGGAACUUAAAGAGGAUGUACAGAUGGCGUUUAACAAGGACAUGGAGAAAAAUAGAUCAGGCAUCGCAUCAUCUUCUUCUUCCUCUUCUUCUCCAAAAAGUGGUGUAACACACAAGAUUAAGUUAGGUGUUGAGCUUGCAAGUCAAGUUGGUGACAACGUGGCGUUGUAA